AUGAGCCAAGAGGCCAAGCAGCAGUACCUUGCGGAGCGUUACGGCGACGCUGGUUCGUCGUCGGAUGUGCGCAGAAAAAAAGCGAAGAAAAAACACGAUGAUCUGAUGAUUCGUGACGAAGAGCAUGUCUGGUUUGAACACGCAGCACACGAGGCACCACCUGCGGUGCAAGAGACUGCGCCUCGGGCGAGCACAUCUACCGGAUGGCACGCGAUUGGGCCGUCUACCUCAGAAAAGCAGGAUCAUGUACCCAUGGUACCUGCCUCACGUCCACAAGCGGGUCUAUUGUCCCGUGAGCAGCUGCGAGCUCAGCGUGAGGCACGAAAAGCGGCUGAAGAAGCGGCCAGCAGAGAGGCCCCGGUGGCCGAACCUGCCGUGCCUCAAGAAACUGUAUACCGUGAUGCACAAGGGAGACGUAUUGAUCUCCAAGAAGAAGAGCUGCGUAUGCGCGAGGAAGAGGAGCUGCGUGCCCGUAAAGAAGCAGAAAAAAAAGAAUGGAAUCGGGGUCUUGUGCAGCGCCGCGAGGAAGCUCAACGCCUGGCCAUGCUGCAGCAGGCAAGUACCGACAGUGUAUCGAGGUAUGAAGAUGAUGCGCGGUGGAAUGACGCGCGGCGGGGGCAAAUGCAUUGGGACGACCCUGCUCAGGCCUUCUUGUCGCGUCACUCUCGAGGCCGCCGCAUUGUUCGUCCCGUUUACGAAGGCCCAGCACCACCGCCCAACAGAUUUGGUAUCAAACCAGGCUACCGCUGGGAUGGCGUAGAUCGCAGCAAUGGAUUUGAGCGCAAGUACCUUGUGUCUUUGAAUAAUGCUCAGCGCACCAAAGCCGAAUUUCAUGCAUGGUCCGCCGAAGAUAUGUGA